CCGUUCGCACUCUUCGGUCUUAGUGGUAGAGUGCGCUUCAGGUUUGCACUUAAGGACUUUCGCGUCCACUUACGUUUAUUGGUUUUUGGGGAGGGGUUGUCGGAGAUGGCGGUCGUCUUGCUGCAGGCCCUCGAGCGGACGGAGUUGAACAAACUCCCGAAAGGUGUUCAGAACAAGUUGGAGAAGUUUGUAACGGACCUGCAGAAUGCUAACGAGGCGUUGAAGACGCAGCAUGAGCGGUUCAAAGCAGACAGCGAGCAACAAUAUUUUGAUGUUGAGAAGAGACUGACAGAGAGCCAAGAACAGAUCCUUUCUGCCACAAAAGACCUGCAGAUCCUGAAAGAGGAGAAUAAAAAACUAAGUGAAGAACUGAGCACUCUGAAGGGAAUAGAGGGUGAGACCAGUGAAGAUAAACAACCACAACAGCAAACCAAGGCAAAGUAUGAAAUUGAGGCGGAGAAGAGAGAGCUGGCGAGACUGCUGGAGAAGAGAACGCAGGAGGUGGAGAACCUGACGGAGGACAUGAAACGUUUGAAUGAGAAGCUGACGGACACCAACAAAGUAAAGGUGGAGCUCCAGCUAAAGCUGGAUGAGAUACAGUCAUCUGCAGCCUCAGUGCAGUACCGAGAGAAACGAAUGGAGCAGGAGAAAGAGCUGUUGGAGAAGAAAAUUGAGUGGUUAACGGCAGAGCUGUCGACAAAAACCGAGGAGUUACUGAGCACCAACAGAGAGAAGGGCAAAGAGAUCCUGGAGCUGCAGGGCAGUCUGGAGAGCAGCAACGAGCAGGUGAGCAGGCUGGAGUGUCAGCUCACCUCUCUGAAGGAACUCAGUGACAGCCAGAGUAAAAGAGCCGAGGACCUCAAUAACAAACUGAAGCAGGCAAAGGAUGAACAGUUUGCUAUGGAGGAGAAAUACCGCAUUGAGCUCAACGCCCAUGUCAAGCUGUCAUCACUCUAUAAGGGUGCAGCAACUGAGAUGGAGAAGAAGAACCAGGAGCUGAGCAGAGCAGUGGAAGAGCUCAGCAAGCUGGUUAAAGAGACAGGAGAAGCUAAUAAGGGGCUGGAGAAGAAAGUUUCAGACGCUGAACAGCAAAAAGUACGGCUUGAGGCGGAACUUAAAGAGAAGAUAAAGAAAAUGGAGAAGGAGCUGGAAAAUGCAACAAUGAAGGCUGCAGGCAAACAGUGCUGCGGGUCUUCUUUGACAGAAGAACAGCUGGACUCCAUGUGUCCGUCAGCGGCUGCCAUCACUGCAAUUGUCAAGCCUGGCAUGAAGUUUUUCGAUCUAUAUAAUGCUUAUGCAGAGUGUCAGACCCAGCUGCAGCUUGAGAAGCAAGAGACGAGGAGGGUGAGCAAGGUCCUGGAUGAGAUAGUCCAGGAGGUGGAGUCCAAAGCUCCUGUGCUCAAGCGACAAAGAGAGGAGUAUGAGAGCAUGCAGAGGUCAAUGGCUUCUCUGUGCAACAAACUGGAACAAGCUCGAACUGAAAUCUACAGUCUGCAAAAAGAGAAGGAUGAGGCCAAGCAGAGAUGUGAUGCCAUGGAGAGAGACAAACUAAAGACCGAGCGACAACUAGAGGAUACAUCUGCACAGCUCUGCAAUCUUCUAGUUGAGUUGGAGGAAGCACGGGGUACUCGGGUGUCCAAAGACGACGGCAGCUCCUCGGAUAUUUCCAGCACCUCUGAGGUAAACGGCUCAAGCCGGCUGUCGUUUCGCAGCGUUAUGGAGCUCCAGAGACAGAACCAAAGCCUGCUUGGAAGACUACGAGAGAUAGAGGAAGAGAAGGGCAAAGAGCAAGCCAGGGAAACAACAGCACAUAUAACAGAACUGGAGUCUAUUGUGGAUAAACUCCAGAAGGAGGUGGAGCAGCUGAGAGAACAGAGGAACCAACAGAAACAGCUUGCAGACUCCAGCGCUAGACAGAGAGACAUGUUCAAGGCUCUGCUGACUCAGAGCACGGGCUUCAGCUUGCCUCCUCAAGGUCAAGAGUCUUCUCCCCGUCCUUCUGCCCCAGCUACUCGCUCCACUCCUCAGAGAGCCGCUGCUGCAGAGUCAGCCCAGACUGCUCAUGCAAAAGCUGCUCUGAAACAGCUCAAUGAUGCUUUCACCUUAUAUAAGAAGGAGAAGGCUGAGAAUGACCGAAUGCUGAAUGAAACAAAUGACCGGCUGCAGAGGCAGCUGACAGAGCUCCGCUCCAGCCAUGCCAAACUCACCUCUCAGCUGGACUUCAGUAACAAGAGGUACGAGAUUCUUCAGGAAACUGUAUCGGCUUACCGCAGAGAGAUCGCUGCUUUACAGAAGAGGAACCAAAACAUGGCUGCCACAGCUCAGCGACACGAGCACAUCAUCCAUACAACGAUCCACGACCUGAGAAAGGCCAAUGAAAAAUUAGCACUGGAACAGGUGCGUGUGGAGAACCUGAGUAAAGAGAGAGAUAUGUUACGACAGGUAGAGUGUCGCCUCAGUAAAGAGAAGGAAGCUGUUCUGACUGAGCAACGCAACCAGAACCUGCUUCUAACCAACCUCAAGACUAUACAGUUGAGUAUGGAGCGUACAGAGACAGAGACUCGCCAGCGACUUAACAACAAAAUAGAGCGACUGGAGGCUGAACUGGCCUCAAUGAAGACCAAGCUGGAGGAGGAGGUUGCACAGAGACAUGCCCUCGGACGCACUAUGGAUGCACAGUUAUUGGAAGCAAAGAAGCAGCUGGAGACACAAACCAUCUUACUGCAGAAGACCAGGGAGCUGCUGAGUGGCGCUGAGCAACAGGUGACGACACUGAAAGCUCAGCUGGCUUCUGCUUCUUCCUCUGAAGCUGCUGCUGCCUCCACCAACGUGACCACCCCGGCCACCAGAGCUGCUGGCCUCCGGGUACCACUGAGAGCACACACCCCAGCAGCAUCUCAGCAGCUCAGCCAAUCAGAGCAGGAGCUUUCAGAACUGAAGGCUCAACUACGAAGUGCUGAGGAACAAAAUAGUGAACUGACGGAACAGCUAAAGAACGCUAAUGCCACAGUUGAACAGUACCGAUCUGUGGUUCUAACUCUGGAAGACAGUUUAAAGAGAGAAAAGGAGUCACGCUCUCCUCUGGUGGUCCGACUGAAGGCGUCGGAGGAGGUGCAGAAGCAGCUGGAGAAGAAGAUUUUAGAGGUGGAGAAAUUGAAGCAGCAGGAGGUGGAUGAGAAAAGGAAGGCUGUGGAUGCUGUGGAGAAACAGGUGUUCGAGCUGCAGCGCAGUCUGAAGGCCAGUCAGGCAGAACAACAGGAGGCCCUGGAGAGAGCUGCUGCUGCGGUUACACAGGAACAGAAAGCCACACAGGACAGUCUGUUACAGACUAAGCUAGCUGGAGAGGCGCAGGCUAAGUAUGAGCGAGAGUUGAUGCUUCAUGCUGCUGAUGUGGAGGCUCUGCAACAGCUGAAGAAAACAUCCCAGCAAGAAGCAGCGCGCAAGAGGGAGUUGGAAGAAGAACUGAAGAAAACUACUUCCCUCCUGCUGGAGAAAACUGCAACCUGGAGCGCAACGGAGAAACGACUAAAGGAAGCACUGUCCAGUCUGAAAUCCCGUUUUGAGGAACUGGGAAAACAGAAUGCUCUCCUGCACCAGCAGAUGGAUGAAAUGGCCACUAGGAGUCGCCAGCCGCAGCAGCAGCAGCUGGACCUGUCAUUUAGUGAGGAGGGGAAGACCACUGAACAGAUACUGGAGAUACUCAGGUUUGUGCGUCAGGAGAAGGAGAUUGCUGUUGCUCGUUGCGAGGCAUCUGAUGGAGAGGCUCUUCGCUACAAACAGCGAGUCGAGCACCAAGACAGAGAACUGAAGGAGCUACAGGAAGCUCUAAAUGCUGAGAGGGAGAGGAUGCAGUUGACAAGCAAGACUCUGUGUGAGCAGCAGGAACAGCUGAAGAAGAUGGAGAGUAUCAGUGCUCUCCAAGAAAACAUCAGGAUGCUGAAAAUGGACAGAGAUAAGCUGGAACAGGAACUUCAGCAGGCUCAGGCUAAAGUAACAAAGCUACAGUCAGACAUUGCCCCCCUGCAUAACUCUCUGUCUAUACUGUCGGAGAAAAAUGGCUCCCUGCAGGCCGAUAAGAGGCUGCUGGAAGACGAUCUCAAGCGCUGGAAGGCUAAAGUUCAACACCUGGUUAGCCAACAGAAAGAGGGGGACGCUGAGGAAAAACAGAAAGUCAGCGUUGAAAAAGAGGCCCAGCAAAAACGCAUAACACUGCUAGCUGAAGAGACAGCUAAGCUGAAGACGGAGCUGGUCAGAUCCAAUGCCAGCAGUAAUUCAGCUCAGUCCCAGCUUCAAGGUCUCAAAGACUCUGUGGUCCGAUUGACAUCAGAAAAAGAUAAUCUUAAGAAAGAGCUGGAAGCCAAAAAUAAUGACAUUUUGGAGAAGAGCAGGACCAUCACUCAGGUGAAGAAGAUUGGACGCCGAUACAAGACUCAAUACGAGGAGCUCAAAGCCCAGCAUGACAAGCUGGUCAGUGAAAAUUCUGGAAAUGAGGAGCAGAAGAAGACCCAAGAGGAACUAAAUACCUUGAAGCAGGAGAUUCAGAAAAAACUGGAGGAGGCUCAGAAAUCCCAGCAGGAGUUGGAGGCGGCUCAGAAGGAAAACCAGCAGACCAAGGAAAAGCUUCAGGAUCUCCAAACCCAGCUGACACAGAACCAGAACCAGCUGACACAGGUCCAGUCCCAACUCUCUCAGACCCAGAAUCAGCUGCAGCAGAAUCAGAGCCAGCUGGCUCUAAAUCUGAAAGAACUUGAGCAAGCCCAGACCCAAACUCAGCAGCUACAGACUAAGUUAAAAUCCGUCCAGUGUCUGGCUCAGGCCCGACAGAACCAGAUGCAGCAGAUGCAGAAGGAGCUUCAGCAGGCUAAAGAGACCCUCCAGCAGAACCUUGCUAAACAGAAGGAGCUUCAGCAGACCAACCAGGCAACUCAGCAGAGCCACAAUCAGGAGGUGAAUGACUUAAAGACUGCUUUGAGUCAAACUGAAAACAAGGCGACUGAGCUUCAAGGCCAACUGGACAGCCUGCGGAAGACUGUUUCUGAACGUGAAGCAGAGGUUAAGCUUCUGAAAGAGCAAGUAACUGAAGCUAAGCAAGCGUUUGAAGCUAGCCAAGCAGCACAGGCCACCCAGAGUUCCCAGUCUACCCAGGCCAGUGACUCUACAGCUGCUGGUGAUGUCAGCCAGGCACUACAAGAUGAGCUGACUGAACUCAGAGAGGAGCUCUCUGAGAGUAAGAACAAAGAAGAGCAGCUCAAACAGCAGAUGGCUGAAAAAGAGGAGAAGACUAAAAAGGCCAUCCUUGGAGCCAAACUUAAAAUCAGCCAAGUGAACAGUGCGAAGGAGCAGCUCAGUCAGGAGAAUGAAGAACUGAAACAGAGCAAGGAGGAGCUGGAGGUCAGAAUGAACGCCCUCAAGUCUCAGUAUGAAGGAAGACUUCUUCGACUGGACCGAGAGCUGAGGGAACUGAGAGAGACACAAGCGCACUCUGACGGGAGGGAAGAAGCUCUGGACCAGAGUGGAGCAAAGCUGGAGGAUCAGCCCAGAUCUUUAGACCAGAGACAGAUGUCUUUGAAGUGUCCUGCUCAAGACAGGGGAAGCCUCAGCACUUCUGAGCCUCCCACUGCCAACAUUCGGCCCACUCCAAGUACUCCGUCACCCAGUAACAAGCCAAGUCCAUCCACCGGUAGCAAGGCCACCCCUCGUGCCAGCAUCAGGCCCAUGGUUACACCUGCAACAGUCCCCAUAGCAACAGCCACAGUGAUGCCCACUACACAGACAGAAAGUCAAGAGGCACUCAUCAGUACAGGAGCUUCUGUACACUCCAACAGCUCUGCUCUAAUGAACACUUCCACCUCCUUAACUCAGCCAACUAGCACUCAGGCCACCGCCUUCGUUCAGCCCACUCAGCAGCAGGCAGCCAGUCAGGAGGCAGGUUCCAGCAUGGAGGCAGAACGUCCAUCAACAUCUUCCUCUUCCUCCCCCUUUAUGUCUGCAACAGGUCCGAAGCGAAGCAGAGAAAACGAAGAGGAGGAAGAGGAUAGUCGACCUGAGAGUUCCCAAACUCCUCCAAGCACAAAAAAACUGAGGCUGAAACCAACAAUUGCUCUGCAGAUGGAAGGUGAUGAAGAGCUGGACGGAGAGCUCAGGGACGCGGGAGAUCAACAGGUUUCUCCUGAUGACAGUCAGGAGCUCCCAGAAGAAGGUUUCCAGGUAUUGGCUGUAGACAUGGAUGAGGAGGACGAAGGUGUCUCCCAGUCUGUCCCUUCUGACCAGGGCUCCCAGGGCUUGGCUUUCAUUCGAGACGUUAUUGUGAUCGAUACAGACAGUGAAAGCCGGGAGAGCAAAGACUGGGACCAGAGAGUGGAGGAAGAAGAAGAAGAGGAGGAGGAGGAAGAAGAAGAGGAGGAGGACGAGGAAGAAGAGGCAGCAGGAGAGCAGGAAGAAGAAAAUGAAGAUGAUGACGAUGAUGAUGCUGCUGACAGCGGGAUGAGGGGUGGAGAGGAGCAUAACGAGGAAAGUCAAGAAGCUUCAGAGGAGAGAGAGGAAGAGAAUACUUCAGAGGGUACCAACACUGAGGAGAAUGUGAGUGAAGCCCCCACAAGCUCCCAGCAUCCCUCAGACCCCUCACAAAGUGGAGAAGGCACACGUGGAGGGACAGAUCUGGGAGCUUCUAAAGACUCCCUACACCACCCCCCAACCUGCUCCACUACACACUCCCCCUCCUCAUCCUCCCUAACGCCCCGGUUGCCCCAGACACGCAGGCCUCCACACGUACUGCCGCCUCGGCUCUAUAUUCAGGCUCCGGCUCCUGAACUGGGACCCCCACACACACAGAGACAGUCUUCUCAGCUGCGUAGACCAUCAUCAGGACGUGGACCUCAACUAACCCCUGGAUUAGCCUCUAUGCCAUUCUUUGAUGACGAUGACAGAAUGGUUCCUAGUACUCCUACUCUGGUAGUCCCACACCGCACUGAUGGUUUUGCUGAGGCUAUACAUUCACCCCAGGUAGCAGGCCUGUCCACAAGAUUCAGGUUUGGACCUCCAGAAGAUUUGCUGCAGCAGACACCAGCUUCACAUUCUGACCUGGGACAGCUGGCUUCUCAAGGAGGUUUGGGUAUGUAUGAAUCUCCUCUUUUCCUGGCUGCUCACGAUGAAGAUGGCGGUGGGAGGAGUGUCCCCACCACACCUUUACAGGUGGCUGCACCAGUGACAGUCUUUACAGAGAGCAUGCCCUCUGACAGUGGCGACAACAUGGCUUCUCAGUCCGUUCCCAUGGUGACUGCCUCAACUGGGAUGGCUGCUGCUGCUGAUGAUGGAGAUGAGGUUUUCAUGGAGCAGGAAGGAGAAGGCCCAGGUAUUGAAACGUCUCUGGACAGCCAGACGGACCUGGAGUCAGCAGGCCAGCAAAGUGAUGACGCCUCACUGCCAUCUACAAGCCAAGACCCAGACACCAGCAGUGUUAGUCAGCCUCGUUCAGUAACAAGCCAGCCUCUGAUGAGCAUCCUCUUAGGCAGAGGCAGAGCUGGAAGGUUCCUCAGUCGCAGAGGAACCAUUCCUCGAGGAGGACGAGGAGGAGCAGCAGGAAAAGGGGGUGUGGCCUAACACUGAUGUUACCAGAAAAGUUCUCAAUUAAGGACAUGAAAAGCAACACUUUGAUCACAAAAUGUCUUUCACAACGUUUUAGGUCAAAUCAAAUAGGAGAUAAAACCCUUUUUUGAGAGUUUGUCUGUAAAAUCUAGUCUUAGCUUAAUUUGUAAGUUUUGUUUCAGAUUUUCAAAAGUCCUUCUUUUUUAUAUUUUCUUUUUGUUUUGUUCUGUUUGAGCUGAUUCUACAAGUGUUUUUAAGAAUAAAGUUGAAUAAUAAGUA